CAGCCUCAAACCUCAAGCUCGUAGCAGCGCGGGAACCGCCAUGAGCCUGCUGUCUCGCCGACGGCGCUCUCCUUUUCUGUUUUUAGUUUUGCUGCUGCUCUUGCUGGCGUCCCCUUUACUCUCCCAGGCGCCAGAGGAAGAUAAGAAGUGGGGUGCCACUGGUGAUUUCCUUCCCAGUGUGUGUCAGUCUUGCCAUGCUGAUGCAACAUGUCAGCAACAAGAUGGCAAACCUGCCUGUAUCUGCAAUUAUGGAUUUGUGGGUAAUGGAAGGACUCAUUGUCAAGAUAAAGAUGAAUGCCAGAUUGGGACCAGUGAGAUAUGUGGAGAGCAUGCAUCAUGUCAUAAUACACAUGGAAGUUUUUAUUGUGUUUGUCUUGAAGGCUACAAAGCAUCUAAUAACAACAGUGCAUUUAUCCCUAAUGAUGGCACACACUGUAUAGACAGCGAUGAAUGUGAAGCCUCGGACUUCUGUGGUCUUGGAGGACUGUGUGUGAACACUCUGGGAAGCUAUAAGUGCAGAUGUGCUGAAGGAUAUAGGACAAAAAAUGGAGCUGAAACAUUCCAUCCACUUACAGAUAGAACCUCAUGCGAAGUUGUGGAUUGUAGUCAUCCUCCUCCUCUUCUAAAUGCAUAUUUGACCCUUGUCAAUGGAACAACUUAUGGAAGCAAAGUCAAAUAUAUUUGUCUACCAGGGUAUGACAUUGAAAGGGGAAAUCAGACUUUAGUUUGUAAUUCCAGAGGCUACUGGGAAGGAGUCAACCUAGUGUGCAAAGAAAUAGACUGUGGAAAACCACUGCCGCUUCCAAAUACAGAUAUUGUCUGGGAUAACACCACAGCUUUGGGCAGCAUAGUAUAUUAUAAAUGCAAGAAAGGAUUUCAUUCAGUUGGAGAACGUAAUUUUUCACAAUGUACAAAAACUAAAAAGUGGGAGAACAUUACUUUUGAAUGCAAAGCUGUUGAGAGUUGGCCUUAUGAAGGAUUAAAAGAGCCAAGAGUGGUUGAAAUGACAAAAUGGCAACCCACUUAUUCUAAGGUGGAUUGUGGACACCCUGCUUUGCUACCCAACUCUGAAAUGAAGUGGGACAUGACCUCUCAGCUGGGCAGUGUUGUGGAAUACAAGUGCAACAGAGGUUUCUAUGCCACAAGCCCCCAAACCCUUUCUCACUGUACCAGUAAUGGAUCAUGGGAAAUCCUGGAUCUAAGAUGCAAAAAAAUACGGCCAUUUAUUGAUUUUGCCGUGAACAAUUCUUGUUUGACAUGGAGGAGGCCCCCUGAAAGUGGGGGUGUAAACGAAACUUACCGAGUUACUAUGAGGGUGCUAGGGAAUGAAUUUAAGAAAACUGCCAAUGAAUUGAAGAUUAACCUAACCACAGCUGAGGAGGCUGUAAAGAUAUGCUUGCCAUUUCAUCCAAACACAAACUACAGUAUAAAAAUUGAAGUGGAAUCCAGCAAUUUGGUUUCAAGGUUCUCAUUACUAAAUCCAGUAGCUGAAAAAGAAGUUGUAUUUGGCAACAUCUCCGUAUUUAAUACUAACUGUAUUAAAUGGCAGAGGAAAUCAAGAAGAACAUUAUAUGAGCAAAUCUAUGUGAUUCACGUAUGGGGUCUACGCUGGUAUCAGAAGGAAUUCCUACAUUCUAUGAAACUUGAUUUUGUUGAGAGUUCGCGGAGUCCAACAGUGUGCCUUAAUUUACUCCCAGGCAGCAAUUAUACUGUUAAUAUUUCUACAGCAAAUUUCGAACAUAGUGUCACAGUCUACACAACGACCCCAAUCACUUAUCCACGGUGCCCAGAAGUGGAAUUUAUAUCAGCAGAAGGUUCUUCUCCGGUAUUCAACCUGAUGAAGGCAGAAGAAAGUAAUGGACCUAUAAGUUCUUACCAAGUGAUUGUCGUUCCCUGGAGCUCACAAUGCAAUGUUCCCUGGGGCCCACGAUGCAACGUGAAGUGUUAUUCCUUGACUACUCAAACUUACUUCAGCAAUGGCACGGACUCUGAUGGGUACGUGGCAGCUGAAUUCCCAGCAAACGUCCUAAUUAACAACGGGUCUGUCUUUGCUCUUGGAGAUAGACUUUAUUAUGGAAAAUUUUACAAUGCUCCCUUGAAACAAGAAAAAGAUUAUUGUGUUAUACUGAGGAUCAUCAGUGAAUGGGACAAGGUGAGAACACAGUCCUGCAUAGCCUGGGCCGAAAUUAAAGAUGUAUCAUCCAAGCCACAGCAUGUGACUGCUGUUAUGUUGGGGUCAGUUGCUGCUCUUUGCUCCAUCCUGUUACUAUCAUUCUUCGCAGCACGCACAGCAGUACAAACAUCACAGGCUGCUCUAGCUAAAAGGAUGUUGUCCAAUGAGGUUCGACUUUUAUCUACCACCAAGCAGACUAUUAUGUUACCUUCUCCAGUGACUCAGACUUUCUCCCGUGUCUGAUGUGUACAUCUACCAAUCACUUGGACAACAAUGAAAGAAGACAUGAGAGGGCCUGGAACUGUCCAGCCGUCCAAGUUCACCCAGGAAUAUAGAACAAACAAAUCCAUCCACAGAAUGUCAACCACUGCCUUUGUAGCUGGGAGCAAAAUGAUAUGUUUUUAUUUCCUCAUUUCUUUCUCUUUUGUUCCGAAACUGUCCGCAGUGAAAUGUGUGGACACCUAGUGUUAACAUCUCAGAGACUGUUACAGCUAAUACAGUAUUCGUUUGAGUGGCUUCUUCCCAUCAA